UCAGGGGACAUGACAUUGACUUACAUGCAUUUCCUGGAGACUUAUCCUAACCUUAAAUCUUCAGCCUCCAAAACAUUCAUCUCCAAUCAAAACAAGUCCUUCUGCUUUGACUGCCAGGAUUGGAUCUGUGCCACAAACACCGUCCUCGUGGGCGGGGACCAGCCCAUAAUGCUCCGUUACCUAAAGCUCAGUCACUCAUUUCACAUGAUUUGUGCUUGCAUGAGGAGCGUGAACACCACGGUGUUAUCUGCAGGGCUAAGCACUGUCAACAGCAGAACAAAUGUCUCUUUGGCACGAUUUUGUUCUCAUCUUUUUCUCUAAUCCCACCACUUUGUUGGGGUUGGUGGCUCUCCUGCUCAUUCUCUAUCUUGUAUCCAGUAGUUUAAUCACCAAGGAAAUAGGGAAGGAGCCCCCAGGACCGAGGCCUCUUCCCCUGCUUGGUAACCUGUUGCAGCUUGAUCUCAAGAGACCCUACAAAACCCUCUAUGAGCUUUCAAAGAAAUAUGGGUCUGUGUUUACGGUAUACUUUGGAACCAAUAAAGUGGUGGUGCUGGCUGGAUACAAGUCAGUAAAGGAUGCUCUGGUCAGCAAUGCAGAAGAGUUUGGUGAAAGAGAAAUCUCCCCUAUUUUUUAUGACAUGAAUGAAGGUCACGGAAUCCUGUUUGCAAAUGGAGAAUCAUGGAAAGAGCUGAGACGUUUUGCCCUCGGCACCCUGAGAGACUUUGGCAUGGGCAACAGAAUAGCGGAGCAAAAAAUCCUAGAGGAAUGCCACCAUCUGACCCAAAUGUUUGAAGAUCAUAAAGGGAAACCAUUUGAUACAACGCGCCCGUUGAAUCAUGCAACAUCCAAUAUCAUCUCCUCUAUCGUGUAUGGAAGCAGAUUCGAAUACAAUGACCCCAGAUUCAAGGAAAUGGUCAGAAGAGCCAACCAGUCCAUAUGCAUUGUUGGAUCUGCACAAAUCCAGCUCUACAACAUGUUUCCCAGGCUGGUCAGUUGGAUAAAGAACCGUCAGCUGCUUUUACAAAAUGUUGAGAUGACCAUAAAAGAUGUCAAGGCUUUAGUCAAGAAUCUGAAAGAGACUCUGAACCCUAGCGUCUGCAGAGGGCUUGUCGACUGUUUUCUGAUUCGGAAGAAGAAAGAAGAAGACUCUGGUGUGAAGGACACUCACUACAACGAGAAGAAUUUGAUAUUUACAGUAACCAACCUGUUUUCUGCUGGUACCGACACCACAGCAACGACACUGAGAUGGGGUUUGCUGCUUAUGGCUAAAUAUCCGCAUGUACAAGACCAGGUCCAGGAGGAGCUGAGCAGAGUGAUAGGAUGCCGUCAGGCAGGGGUCGAUGACCGGAAGAACCUGCCGUACACUGAUGCUGUCAUCCAUGAGAUACAGAGACUGGCCAACAUUGUCCCCAUGGCCAUUCCUCAUAAAACCAGCCGAGAUGUCACCUUCCAAGGAUACUUCAUCAAAGAGGGGACUACUGUGCUUCCUCUUCUUACUUCUGUCCUGUAUGAUGAGAGUGAAUGGGAAACACCACACACUUUCAACCCUUCCCACUUCCUGGAUAAGGAGGGUAACUUUUUCAGGAGGGACGCCUUCAUGCCAUUUUCUGCAGGUCGCAGGGUGUGUCUGGGGGAGAGUCUGGCCAAGAUGGAGCUGUUCAUCUUCUUCACCUUCCUCCUCCAGCGCUUUCGUUACACUCCUCCACCUGGAGUUACAGAGGAUGAACUGGAUCUCACUCCAGCUGUGGGCUUCACCCUCAGCCCGUCACCUCAUGAGCUGUGUGCCGUUAGACGCCAAUAAGAAAUGGAGCGAGGGCACUGCAUUAUAACUGCUUGGAAAAAUAAAUUGUGUUUGACUCUUAUUAAUCAGCUAGCAUUUGUCCUAUUCUCAUGAAGUUGUCUGAAAUUGUAUUUUAGAAAUAAUGUUAUAUUACUAUUGUGGGAGACAAUUCUGUGUAGCAAUGCAAUGGGAGUGCACCGACUCAGGAAGGAGACACGGGGAGAGCUGGAGCUUUGGGAGACAAAACACUGAGAGCACCUCAGCCAAGGUUACAGGUGCAUGUGCUCAGUCUGAUAAACUGAUAAACUUGGUCAAAGUUAUGGGCCUUGGAAAAUAUUUCCCCAACAACUAUAACAUUUUUAGAACUGCCUCUUCAUACACCUCAUGUUUAUCUAAAAAAAAAAAUGCAAUGUAAUCUUCAAUGUACAAUCAAAUGCAUUUAUUUACAAAUCGUAUAUGUUUGUGACCACUUUUUACCUUGAAAAUAAAUACUUAAUAAUUCAAAGACAA